AUGGAGCCUCUCCUCUCUCGUCUAAUCGUGCAGGCCGCGCCGAUAUCAAAGGCAAGCAGGAGCUGUCGCUCAUCAACCCCGAUAUCAACAAUACCUACGAAACACGCGUUCUUCUCGACAACUCCUCGAACAAGGCAACCAAGAGAGCGACAGCGUUACGAUACCGCCUCGGCGCCUGAUUCCUCGUACAGCAAACCUGCCGCCGAUGUAUCGCAACAUGUAACGCGCGAAGAGAAGGACCACUUCGCACGCGUGGAAGAGCAGUCGAAGCACCUGCAGACUCGAUCACCCUGGAUGCAUGACGGUAGCGACGUACCUCCUGUCCAACGCAAUCGUUCAGCCGGUGCAAUGACCAAGGGAAAGCUGCUGACGACGCCGUCGCGAAUGCUCAAAUUGGUUCUACCCAUGACCACUAGGGAUGCGAAUCAGGACAGGAAGGACGUCGAGCCUUUGGCGUUGUUGGUUCAUCCCCAGCAGCCGCUCAGUUAUCUCGAACGGCUAAUCCAGAGCGAACUACCAUUCAUGUGGGACGAGAAGAAAGGCAGGGAAAGAGCACCUGAGGUCAGCUUCAGGGCACAGGACAGCAUGGAGGAGAGUGUCGGCGGGGCGCAAGCUAUGGAAGACGAAAAUCUGGAAAAAGCAGACGAAAUGUAUGUCGACGGAAAAAAGGAGAAGACUGGCAAAAUCAGCAGUGGAAAGGAAGACUCCGAAUCAGACAGGGAGAAAGGCUUGACUGCGGACACUGAGAAGGAGGAGAGAUUCGGUACUGCAGAGCCCGAAGACCGAGACUUCGUACGCUGGAGUCCAAGCACAGAGAUUGGCGACUUUAUCAGAGAUGCUGCGCGAGGCAAAGAGUUCGCUGUGGACAUCGAAGGUGCGCCGGAGUCGAUUUACGUGGGUGUCCCGUCAUUUCAAGAUCGAACGUACUACCUUCGUAUGCGGCUUCGCAAGGUUUCGAAGCGCAUUUCCAAUAUGGCGGACGUGAAGCGAGAAUGUGAUGAGCUUGCACAUCGCGGAGCUAAGAUGGUUGCGAGGAUGGGCUUCGCAGGACUACUCAGUUGGUGGGGAGUGGUCUACUAUCUCACAUUCCGUACCGAUCUGGGUUGGGACGUAAUGGAGCCCGUCACGUAUCUUGUUGGCCUCAGUGGUUUGAUUGGUGGUUACAUGUGGUUUCUCUACCACAAUCGGGAAGUGUCUUACAGAUCUGCGAUGCAUUAUACCGUGAGCCGAAGGCAGGACGCGCUGUAUAAAGCAAAGGGCUUCAACCUGCCGCAGUGGGAGAUGUUGAUUGAAGAGGGCAACCGGCUGAGGAGAGAGAUCAAAUUGGUUGCUGAAGAAUACGACGUCGACUGGGACGAGACAAAAGAUGAAGGUGACGAGAAAGUCAGAGAGGCGUUGAGGAAGGAAAGGAAGAAGGCAGAAAAAAAGAAAGAGGACAAAGAAGGGAAAGAGGAGGACAAGGAUGGCGAUUGA